AUGCCAGGCUAUUCUCGCAGCUUCGGCGAUAACUAUGCUGCUCCGUCGCGCAGCUUCGAGGGUCGCCCGCAGAUUUAUACCGCCGUCUAUUCCGGCGUGUCGGUCUAUGAAAUGGAGAUCCACGGUGUAGCUUGCAUGCGCCGCCGCUCCGACGGCUGGCUCAACGCGACUCAGAUCCUCAAGGUCGCGGGAGUGGACAAGGGCAAGCGCACAAAAGUGCUGGAAAAGGAGAUACUCAACGGGGAACAUGAGAAAGUGCAGGGCGGCUACGGCAAGUAUCAAGGGACGUGGAUUUCCUACAAGCGAGGUCGGGAGUUCUGCCGACAGUACGGUGUAGAAGACAUCCUCCGUCCCCUCCUCGACUACGAUGUCUCUGCCGACGGCUCGGGCGGCGGCGCGGCUCAGCAGAACACGCCCACGAAAGAACAGGCCAUGGCUGCCAACCGCAAGCGCUUCUACACAAACGGCCCCGAGGCUGCCCGGUCCAAUGGCCCAGCCGUGAAUGGCACCUUCUUCUCCAACAUCUCUCCUACCACCUCGGUCGCCCUGGCUGCCAUGAACAAGGCUGCGCGACUGAACUCACCGGCGCCACGGCCAGGCACCCUGCGUCGACCAUCACAACAGGAUGGCGCUUACCCCGGAGGCAGCCAACAGAGCUUUGUCUCCGACUCAAGCUUCGGCGAAAAGUAUGAGUCUGGCUAUGGGACUCAGUCGAACGGGGAGCCGCCUCGAAAAAGGUUGCGGCCGGAUAGUCAAGAUGGCGGCAUGGGGCCCCCCGGACUGCCCUUGGAUGCUUCCAUGCGCUCAGCCACGCCGACCGAGCCAAACGAGAGUUUCACGUAUGACGCUUCCACACCAAUGGAUGUCACAAACGGUAAUGGGGAGCCCGUCACCCAUGCGCCGCUGCCCAACCCUUCGACCGACGAGCAACAGGACAAGAUGAGUUUGAUUCUCGAUUUGUUUGCUGAGGCUGGGCGAACCGACUACACGAAUCACCCAGCCUUGUCUCAGCUGUCGGGCGAGGAUCUCAACCUCCCCCUCGACGCUAGUGCGAAUAACGCGCUCCACUGGGCGGCCACGCUGGCCAAAGUGUCUUUGCUGAAACUGCUCAUCAAGAAAGGUGCAAACAUUUAUCGUGGCAAUGCUGCUGGACAAUCUCCCCUGAUUUCUGCCGUUCUGGUCAACAACUGCUGGGAACACUCGUGCUUCCCGGAAAUGCUGGACCUCCUCGGCCCGCUGAUCGAGAUACGGGACAUCCAAGGGCGAACAAUCCUGCAUCACAUCGCUGUCUCUUCGGGUAUCAAAGGACGAGCGCCAAGCAGCAAAUACUACCUCGAAGCGCUCUUGGAGUUCCUCGUGCGGACGGGAACACACACGGGCGCUGCUGAAAGUCUUGCUGCCAACAUUCGCAUCAACGGCGAAACUGCAUCGAGCUCGCAACAUUCCGAUGCGCGAGGAGCGGGGCAGCCGUCCAACAAAGGCCCCGUGACAUUGCUCAGGUUCCUCUCACACAUUGUAAACGCGCGAGACAAGGCCGGGAAUACUGCGCUCAACUUGGUCGCCCGAGUGGGUAAUCGCAGCAUCAUUCAACAGCUGAUGGAAAUCCAUGCCGAUCCUUCUCUUCCAAACUACAAGGGUGUCAGCGCGAUUGACUUUGGCGUACACGCAGACGACCAAUCCUACACAAACGGCUUGCCGUCGAGUCAGCACAACACUUUCCCAACUACGUAUCCCCUUCCCUCGCAAGAGCCUGUUGUGGAUGGUGAAGCAGUGGCGGAACCGGUCAAGGAAGGCAAUCGAGUUGAAGAUCUGAGUCAGGAAGUCAUCUCUUCCAUGACGACAAUGCUGACGCAGUCCGUGUCUUCGCACAAAGAUACGCUACGAUUGCGAACGGAACAGAUUGACAGCCUCAAUGCACAGAUCCAGGAACUCAGCGCGCUGCAAAAGCAGGACAUCGACCACGUGGACGCUUUGAAGGAGCGAGUCCGGGAAAGGGCGGAGAAACAAGCGAGGAUUGCGAACCUUCGACGCAACGUGGCGGAAAAGCGACGACGUAGCCAGGCGCAGGCGAGAUCCCAACCCCUCGCACCCUCCAAGAAUGAAGUCGAGCCCAAUUGGCUGGACGAGAGCAGUCAAGAGAUUCUGUCCUUUGAGCAAGGCAACGGUUCCCCAAAUGCCUUGCAGCGGCAGUUCAUCUCCUCCUCUCUUCCUCCGCCACCGACGCUUCGCGCGCUGGUCGAUGCGUAUAUGCAGCAAAACUCUCAACUGCAAAGACAGGCCGAUGAGCUCAAGAGCCGCUCGACCGAGGUGGAGACCAUGUAUCGCAAAGUCAUUAGUCUGUGUACUGGUGUGGAAGAGGAGAAGGUGGAGGAGAGUUUGCCGAGUCUUGUCGCUGCUGUUGAGAGUGAGAAGGGGGGUCUUGGGGAGCAGGAAGUGGGCAAAGUGCGGGAUUUUCUUAGACGAGUGGACCACGCGGUAAGUCGACCUGGGGCGGCAAUGGUGGGCGUAGAGGGUUGA